AUGUGGAAACUAUUGGAAGGAGGCGUUGUGCCUGCUGCUGUGUUGGCCAAGCUGACAACAGAAGAACGCCAAGCGCUUUUUGAAGAGGACGAGCUGAAGAGGCUGACAAAGGUCGAAGAGGCAAAGGCCCCCAGCAAGAAGGAGGGCCUGCGGAGGAAACAUGUGGUCCAAGCACUUCGGCAUUUGCACCAGGCCUUCAGGGCCAAACCAGGUAUGGAGCGAUCAGCAAAUUUGCGGAAUGCCUGGGCAUCGGCCAAGCAGCUGAAGGAAUCCUCUCCUGGAUACGCUUUGCGCCUGGGCUCCUUCACAGUGAUGGCUAUGGCCAAGACCUUUGUCUCUCCACGUAUUCAAGCUGGCGCAGAGCUGAACAAGCACUUCGAACAAAUCUGCGAGGGUUUCAGCCAAUGCCUGCAAGAUCUUCGUGACAUGAGGACCACUUGGAAUUGGCGAAGUCGACCUCGAGACAAGACCAGCGGCCGCGAGAACGCUCUAAGCGAAUGGCUGUUAGCUGAACAGCCGCAGACCGUGAAGCCCAAAUUUUUGGUCCUUACGGACUGUCAGCCAGAACAGGGUCACAGUGAGGAUGUCCAGGAUCGAAUUGUGGACUUCAAGCAGCUGGUGGACUUCGCCAAACGUUGGUCAUACAUCCUUGAGGCGAUUCUAUGUGGUGCAUGGCUGGAGCUUUGCAAGGUUGUCGCUGAAAACACAGUUCGUUGCUGGGCUUGCUUGACACGGAGUCCUCACGAGAAAGCGGUUGGUUGCAACUGCUUGAGCCAAGAACCGAAGUCGGAGAUAGUCACCUCGGCUUGUCGGCGCUUGUGGCAGGCAGCAACAAGCAGUGCCAAGGUGUUUCAGGGGAAGGAGCUCAAAGACACACUUCAAAUUUAUGGGCAAACAGCGAUGACAGCCCUCGGUGGAUCCAAACGAUGGCAGGAGCUGAACAAACUGCCAGAGCAAAGCAUCAACUUCAUGACCGCCCGACUCAAGGCACUUGUCCCUGAGAGCCCUUGGAGAUCCCUGGACGCCGACCUCACCAAAGAGGAAGUUCAAGACCGAGCAGUGGAAGCGGCAAGGACACAACUAGAUGCAAUGAUGAGCAAAGGUCGGCCACCAGAGUUGCAGGAGGCCUUCUCUGUGCUGGAAGUUUUGCCUUUCCUGCGACAGGAUGACAGGAAGGAUGCGCAGCUCAAGCUGAACGAAUUGCACGAGCUCUUGAACAAGCAGGAGAAGAACCCUGUCAAAUGGGUGAUCCGAGCCGAGAUGGAGGACAACAUUGUCAAAUACUUCAACAUCCAAUGGCAAGUCCAAAUGAAGCUUUGGGAGUACUGGUUCAACAACCAAAAGUACCGGAAGGACAGGUUUAUGUGCUUGAAGCCUGCCUCGGUUAUGUACGUUCUUGAAAAGGUGGUUGUGUGGGCUUCAGUGCUGCUGACGCAAUUUGACAGCCUCUAUUUGCCGCAAUCCUUCGUGCAAGCGCAUCUUACCAGUGCGGGUCAUUUGGCUCGCCAAGCAGCAGAGGCGCCGAAGGAGGAGGCGGACAAGUGGAAAGCAGACGCACGGAGAGCCUUGAAGGAUGUUGUCCAUUUCCUGAAGAGCUUGAUCUUUUGGGAUCUGGAUUUCUUCCAGUGGCUUAAGAAGACCGAGGCUCAUCAGGGGGAAGUGCUGGCAAGGAUCACGAGCCUUCUUGCGGCCACCAUGGUGAAUGAUGAGCAGGUGAGGUGA